CCAUCCACAUUUCCAACUUUGAAACCUCAAUCGCGAAGCGCAGUGAAGAGGAAAUCCCCGCAAGGCAUCCGAGCUCCAGGACUGCACAGGCAAUGGCCAUCGAUCAGCCCCUUAAGUCAGAUACUGAAUUCGUUCCUCUCCAGAGGAAGAGAGGGAGGCCUGCCGGUGCUGGCUCCCAGUCCGUCAAGAGCAAGAUGGAGCAGAAGAUGGCAUUGGUCAAUCAGAGGCUCGCCUUGCUUGACAGUAGCAGCAGCAGCAGCAGCAGCGAGAAUGACAAGGAUGACAAUUUUGUGCCCAUGGUGAGGCCCUGCGUGAAAUGGUUUAACAUUGACUUCAGAGUAGCAUCAUGCCAUUCAUCAUACUGAAUGAUAAAAAAAAAUUCUUUAUCAUAGUCAGGUGUAAAGAGAGCAAUAUGUAGCCGAACCCACAUCCUUAGUUUGGUUGGUGGGGAGGCGUUGAUCAGACAAUCUACUUAUACUUAACACUCCUCUGCACGGCUAGGCUCAGCACCUAUUCAUACAUAAAAAAUGUAGAAGGUGCUGCUGUUUUCAGAUUCGCAGAGUCCCGGUGUGUUGGACCUGUUGGUUGGUCCGUGAAUCACAACUCUGAUCUCAGCACUCUGAUUGUCUUUGUCUCUUUGAUGGGUAUUGUAUAAUGUGUUUCUCCUUGAACUCUCUUUUGCUUGCGAAGU